ACGUUGGUGUACUUGGUGCUACAAAGUACUCUUUCUCCUAAGCACCUCACGCCAUCCAUCGACCGGGCUCAACGCCGUAGCUUUUAUAGACGGUCACCACCUCAAUAUUGGUUAUUGGAACGACUGCGAUCGUCCUUCUCCUCAGAUAGGUCUACCUAAGGGAGAUUUGCGUUGUUCUACCGGUACCCUUCGCUCAUCAGAUUUCAACCUUGCCCACGUGUUAGCUACCAAGGUCCAAGAUGCAGCCACUUGACGGUACGGCCAAUUCAGGAGUGAGUCUCUCUGCAGCCUUUGAAUCGGACAUCAUUGGUACGCUGCGAAAUACCCUUGCACGUUCACGAGAAAUUAUUUCUGCAGACCUCGAAACCUCGUACUCCCGCAGAGUUGCCACUAUUACCAACCACUCUGUCGUCGAGCUUGAAGACCAGAGUAUUAGCGCUAUCAUUAACGAGCGCCAACAACAGUUCGAUGCAACUUUGCAUGAGAUCUCAGAGCUGGAAACAGCCAUGGACGACCUCAAAAUUCUUCACUGGCAACUCGUCGAAAAGAAGGACAAGAUCACCCAGUCCAUGAAUUUGCACAAACAACUUGUAUCGGCUCUCUGGCGCUUGCCAACUGAAGUUCUAUCCCACAUUUUCGUUCACUGUCUCCCAGAAACUAGUCGCUUGCCGUACGCAUCAAAAAGGCUAGCUCCUGUGUUGUUGACCAGAAUAUGUCGACGAUGGAGGGAGGUUGCUGUGGGCACGUCCAAUUUAUGGUGCAGGCUGAUGUUGCAAAGCAGCGAAGACGACAACAAACACUGGGAGUCAAUGGCUUUUUGCUAUGACUUAUGGCUCAAGCGAUCACGAGGACUUCCGCUCUCGUUGGAAGCCUGGUGCGACACAAAUGACUCCAUCACUAAGUUCCGAGGCCUUAUUCAGCCAUACAUCAAUCAAAUCUCGUCUUUCUAUAUCCGUUUUGUCUUCCAGGCCGGCAAACCCGAACUUAUGUUCAAAGACCUCCCAACACUUCAGGAACUGACCCUAUAUGCGGACGAUAAUUGUAAAAUGCGGCGCAUUGCACAAUCAAUGUCGCAAUUGCUGUUCGCCAUGCGCAGUCUCAAGGUAACAUUUCCAAUGUUCAACCUAGAGGACUUUUCUGCUGCCAUUCCCCUAUUGGCACGCCUGACAAAUAUCGAGGUCACCAUAGAUAAACUGAGUGUAGUCCCCCACUUGCUCCAUCUAUGCCCCAACCUCUCCUCGUUAACGAUUCGUACAGGCGUCAGCCUGCGAAUGCAACCCAUCGAACUAUUCAUACACCCCAAACUUCGAUCUUUACGCAUCGCUCAUCACCUCAGGAACGCGGAGCAUUUAUCAGGCCUGUUCGAUGCUCUAUCACUUCCCGAUUUACGCUUGCUUGAAGCUCGCUAUAUAGAAUCAUCGCAGAUACACACCCUGUUCGAUGCCCUCCCACCCCCCAAGUUGUGCGACUCGGAGCUUGAAGCUCGCUUUGCACAACCAUGGCCUCACGCGGAGCUGAAGGCAUUGCUGGCACGGUCGAAUUGUCCCCUGGAGGGCCUGAAUCUAGGCGGUGGAGUGAUGAUGACAGAUGAGCAGCGAGCGGAAUACGUUGCCCUCAUCCCUUCCCUCGAUGUAGUAGUGGAUCCCAUGCGUCAAGAUCACACUUUGCUCAAGCAGACUUAGUCGACGAAGAAUGACAUCGAGCUUCACGGACUUUUGCAAAGGGCUAUACUCUGUGUUUUGUGUCACUAGUACUGUAUGCUACCAGCUCUGUAGUAUGUUUUGUUUUCGCAGUUCUACCUAAGUUAUUUAUUUGAGUGCGAUAG